AUGGAUGCAUGCGUCGUCAGGGAGAUGUCUGUGCGUGUCGCGUUGCACGGCGUCACACAUUCGCUGAGAGAAGGUCCCCUGCCAGUCAGUAAGUCGCCACAAGGGACUAUCUUAUAUCAUCGCAUCGUGCCACCUGUGUGUUCCUUCCUGCAGGCGUGGCCUGAUGAGACUGACUUUUAUCAGUGGUGGUACACGAAUGAGAACACCAUGGAGUACGAUGCAGGCGAGGCGGCGGUCGACCAGUAAGCAAGCAUGACUGACCAACUGACAUGACACGCUGCCAACGAUUGACUGGUCCAUUCAUUUCGCUACUGUCUGUCAGCAUUUCGAAGAACAUAAGGGAAGAGGGUCCUGUGGAUGGUAGGCAUCGCAUGUGUGUCGGACCCGUGUCCAGCCCAGCCAGCACAUGGGGUGUGUCACUAGUCGUGUGUUUCGGUGUGUGUGCAGGUCUGCUGGGCUUCUCGCAGGGCGGGGCGCUUGCGUGCAUGUGCGCCGCACUGCAACAAAAGGUCAGUCAGUUUGUCACUCCGCCGCCACCUCCCACAUCGGCCUCAUGCAGGCAGACCUGUGCGCGGCGGAUGUGUGUGUCAGGCAGACGACGAGAGGCUGAAUAAUGCCUCAAAUUCGUCAUGA